AUGGACCCCGAAGCCGUCGCUGUAGUCGUAGUGCUACUCGGUGCUUGCACAGCAUCUCUAGCUGCUGCUACGUUUGACAAGCGUUGUUGCAGGCGUCCACCUACUGGUAAACUACGGUGUGAUCGUCAAUCUUUUUUACUGUUGUACCGCGAAUUCCACGCCGCGUGUAAACGCAAGCCAGCAGCCAACAGUAAGUGCCCUCUGGUUAAGCGAUUUGCUCUAACAAUACUUUACCUAGCGCAGGGAGGAACCAUGGACGAGGCCGCCACGGUGCUGGGAAUUUCGCGCCCACGUUCCGUGGUGAUUCUACCUAAAGCUAGCGAAGUAGCCUCUCUAGAAGCCGGCUUUUUCGCGGUUGCGGGGUUCCCAGGUGUGGUUGGAGCGGUGGAUGGAACGUUGAUUGCUAUACCACGCCCUGAUUUUGAGGGCUGGUAUUGCCGCAAAGGAUUUCCUGCUGUCAACGUCCAAGCGGUUGUUGAUCAUACCGGAGCAUUCCGCUCAAUAUCCAUUCGUUCGGGCUCCAACAAUGACCAGUCAUUAUGGAAUGGCACUUGCUGGCCGAUGCUGGCUACAAAAUAUGGGGGCACAUGCUAA